CUGUGCGUCAGAGCGCAUGGAUGAACUGAAGCAACAGCUGCACUCACCGUGGAGGAAAUGCGCCCGGAAGAUCCUCGACACAACCCUUGCUCCCGUUUCCAGUUUGAGAUGGAUGAAAGAGACGGAGUGUAGGUGUCGCCGCGCGUUUUGGUGCGUCUUUCUCUUGCGCGCGCUCUCCGUGGGAACUUCAUUAUGUUCCACCACCUGACGGAUCAAACGGUGAAUGGCAGCUGCCUGGGAGCUUCCACAGACUGUAACAAGAGCGCGGACGGGGACGCGCUGCAGCUGCCCACCUUCUCCACCGCCGCCAAAGUCCGCGUAAUCAUCACCUUCACCCUGUGCGCCGUGUCCGCCGUCUGCAAUUUGCUGGUGCUGUGGGCCGCCGGGAAAGGCGGCAAGCGCAAGUCCCACGUCAGGAUCUUGAUCAUGAACCUGACCGUGGCGGACCUGCUGGUCACUUUCAUCGUGAUGCCCGUGGACGCGGCGUGGAACAUCACAGUGCAGUGGCAGGCGGGGGACCUCGCCUGCAGGCUGCUGAUGUUCAUGAAGCUGGUGGCCAUGUACUCGUGCGCCUUUGUAACUGUGGUCAUUAGUCUGGACAGACAGUCAGCCAUUUUGAACCCGCUGGGGAUCAGCGAAGCCAAACGGAAGAGCAAAAUCAUGCUGACGGUGGCGUGGACCACGAGCGUCAUCCUCUCCCUCCCCCAGAUGUUUAUAUUUCACAAUGUGACCAUCACAGUCCCAGAGAACUUCACCCAGUGCACCACCCACGGCAGCUUCGUCCAGCGUUGGCAGGAGACGCUCUACAACAUGUUCACCUUUGUGUGCCUCUUUCUCCUGCCUCUAGUCAUCAUGAUCUUCUGCUACACGCGAAUACUCGUCGAGAUAUCAAGCCGCAUCGCUCGGAACAACAUGGUGUCCAGAGAUAUUCAUCUUCGCCGCUCUCACAACAACAUCCCCAAAGCUCGGAUGAGGACUCUAAAGAUGAGCAUCGUUAUUGUGACUUCAUUCAUCAUCUGCUGGACUCCCUACUACCUGCUCGGUCUGUGGUAUUGGCUGUUUCCGGAGAAAAUGGAGGAGACAGUCUCUCAUUCGCUCACCCACAUGUUGUUUAUCUUCGGCCUCUUCAAUGCAUGUCUGGACCCCAUCACCUAUGGCCUGUUUACCAUCCACCUGCGCCAGGGAGCGAGGAGACGGCGGCAGAUUUCUAACGCCCAGACCGAACUUGAAAACAACUCCUGUCUUAUGCAAAUGUCUUGUUUGUCAGCUCAUAGGCAGAAUGUGUCAAGUGGCCUCAGUAAACACACAGAGGAGAUAAAUGACAACAGCAGCACAAAAAAUGCCUCAAGCCCUACCAUUUCAGUCAGCAGGAUUUAAAAGCUUAAAGAAUUUUAAUAGGAAAGAAAAAAAAAACAAUCCUGUCCGUGGCUUUUGUGAAGACGUUGCCUUGGAAAACUUAAACCUUUGAUUUGUUUUUUCUUUUUUAGCUGGGCUUUGUUGUUUUUCAUGAAUGUAAAAGAAAAGAUAAUGUUUUCUACAUGAGUAGCUCUUAUAGGUUCUCUAAAAGAUAUGUUAAAGGAACACAUGAAGCCAUAUCUGCAGAAUAACACAUGGGAAACCUCGAAAUGCAUCUUUUCCACAAGUUUGACAAAAAAAGUUAGAUACUCAUUCACUUUUUAAAUCUGUUAUUGCACAUUUAGAUUUAGUAUAGAUAAAAUCAAAAUUAAUAAGUCCCACUUUGAUCAUCUUUUGAUGUAUUUUUAAUAGCCAUCCCAGUGGUCUUUAAAAGAUUUUGACAUUUGCGCCAGUUCUUUUAGCUAUUAGGCUGUGUCCAAAAUCCCACCCUAAUCCCCAACUACUAAAAAACUAUAUUGUGCAGGUUUAUCUAGUGCCCUGGAUUUGAAAAGCAAUUUGGACACCGUACGUACUACUUUUCUUUUUUUUUUUAAACAGCAGGUAUGACAUCACCGAUUUUACGAAGUGAAAAUCUAAUUAGUAUGUGUAUUUUACGACAUCUAUUCAUGAAUUCACUGUGUUCUGAUGAUAAAAACGUUGAUAGUUUGUUUAAAAUUACAUUUAAACACAUUGUUCUCGCAAAAAUGGUUCAAACUCAAUGCACUGUGGCCUAUUUUCACUAAUGUAGUGAGCAAUGAUGCACACUGGGACUUCUGGGAAAUUUCUUCCCUCUUCUGCUCAUUCGGGUCACAGCAGUCUCAGCAAAGAUGCCCAGGGUUCCCUCUCCCCGACCACUUCCUCCAGCUCCUCUGAGGGGGGACCCGGAGACUUUCCCAGGCCAGCUGAGAGACGUUCUCUCAAAUGUGUCCUGAGUCUUCCCCGGGGCCUCCACCCAGUGGGACAUGCCCAGACAACCUCCCCAGGGAGGCAUCCAGGAGGAAUCCGGACCAGAUGGUCUCCUGGCUCCUUUCAUGGUGGAGGGGAAGCGGCUCCACUCUGAGCUCUCUCCAGGUGAUCGAGCUUCUCAUCUCUAAGGGUGCACCCUGUCACCCUCCAGAGGAACCUCAUUUCAGACGCUUGUAGUCGGGAUCUCGUUCUUUCGGUCACAACCCAAAGCUCAUGACCAUAGGUGAGCAUUGGAACGAAGAUCGACCGGUAAAUUGAGAGCUUUGCUUUCUGGCUCAGCUCUCUUUUUGGUAACGGAACCAUGGCGAACGCCACCCCUGUUGAUCUCACGCUCCAAUCUUCCUCCAAUCGUGAACAAGACCCCAAGAUACUUAAUCUCCUCCCCCUGGGACAGGAGCACUCCACCCACCGAGAGAGGACAAACUAAUUUAGGGACAUUUCUAGAGCACUUGAUUUUGGAAUUGUAGAUUCGGACAGCUCUACAAAAUUCAAACACACUAAAGUACAGACAAAGCCUUAAUGUUCACACUGCACAAGCAGGUAGGGGCUUCUUCUUCUUUUUCUACUGUUUGCUAAACCACAUCUGCCACCUACGGUUGGAACAGGCCUGGUGCGAAAUGCCAAAUCAGUAAAAAUCUCACAACUUGGGCACGAAACUGUAAACGGUUCAGUUCACUAGUGAAUCUAGCGUUCUUGCAGCAGUGCACAUGGAUCAUGUCAGGAGGGUGGCCUUGGUUUAUCUUUAUUUAGAAAAACAAUUGCAGACGUCGUCAGGCUUGUCACCAGAUAAACCAAAACGUAGCUUCAUUUGUUGGCACAAAGCAACCCCGCCCCUGUUUCCCUCCAUGUUCCUGAGAACUCCGAGAUGGUAGCUUGUGGUUCUCCCAGCGUAUUUUCUACAUCACAAGUACAACUUUUUUUAAACUCAAUUUUUUAAUUGCUUCUGAUUCACGACAAUUUGAAAAAGAAAUACUCAGAAAUUCCACAAGAAGAUGUUAAAUCACCAAAAACAUGAUUUUCACCAGGGUGGGUCUUUAACAGGAUUUGUUGAGCAUUCACAUUCUGCUGCCAUUCUGUUGUUUUGCAGCAGGCUGGGCUUGAAAAUGAUCAGUACCGAACACAUGACAAGUAAAAUGUUUAACCCCUAAGGAAAGCUAACCUUUAAGGAAUAAAACUGAGCCCAGGGGGACAGGCUGUGUCAUUGUUAAGUAAGUGACAACAGCAAACUUCAGCUUUACUCUUCAACUAUUUCUGCUUAUUUCUCUAAAUGUAUUUAUCAAGAAACUCAAAGGCUACCCUUUACUCUGAAGGUCACAUGCCGACAAAAACCUGAAUUAUUUCAGAACAAUUUUGAAGAAAUAUAGUUGUGGAAGUUAUGUGAGACACACAAAAAAGGACUUUUUUUCCAAGCAGUUUGUUUGAAUUUGUAUAUUUUUCAAGUCGUUAUUGUUAUUUCUUUUAUGCACACGUUGAAGCUGUGGUUUGUUAAAAAUGUUCCUGCUUUUCUUUAUCUAAAUGGGUGUAAAAUCUAAAAAUCGAAACAGGAAAACAAAGUCCAUCGCCUUCAAAGACAAAAUCCUGUUUUCCCUAAAGGUUCGAGCAUCCUGGGAUUUUCACAGAUUAUCUUUUUCUAUUUUUUUCUUUGUGCCAGCUGACGGAAAAAGACUGAAAGCUGUCAUCACUUUUCAUGUUUCAACCGAUUUCUGUUUUUUUCCUUUGAUGCUCAAAAGAGGCUUAUUGCUGCCACUUUGAUGUCUGUGCACGACUUUGGCCAUGUGAUAUGUAUGCAUGCAUAUUUUUUCAUGCUAUUUAUCGAGGACAUACAUCGAGAUCCAGCCGCGGCGUUCGGUAAGCUCCGGUUGGAAGUUCUGACUCGUCAGUGCACGGACUAAAACACAGUUCUUUUCGAGCAGAUGGCGAUGCCCUUCACUGGCGGGGAUCCCCCCCGCUGUCUGUCCCAGAGGUGCACGCUUAACUGGGAUAAUUGACAUUCAAAGUAGCUGCUUUCUCAGCUUGAAAAGAGAAAAAAAA